UCAGAGGUGAAGUUUACGCUGGCUGUCACUUGAGCCGGUGAACGAGAUACAUGUAUUUGUUCAAGGAAAUAUUUACCGACAAAACAGCAUGACAGUGCGAAUAAUGGCGCUUUAGAAAUGGUACGAACAAAAACAAUGGACUCCUUUUUGAACCCAAAAAGAAAAACGGAAAAAAGGUUGAUGCUGCAUCAAACCAGCUCUCUUGGGGCUGACCUCAACCAACUUGAUGCAGAGCGGUCAAUCCUGAGUGAACCGGAGGACAACCGCAAACGCCGGACACUACUACUCCAUAAAAACAAUCAGUCUUGGGGUUUCACCCUGCAGACAUACGGUAUCAAGAAUAAGAAAACCAACGAGGUGGAGGUGAUGACGUAUGUCGACUACAUCGACCUAAACAGCUCCGCCUACAUCGCUGGUCUCCGGACAGGAGAUGUAAUUCUGUCGGUGAACGGCCGUAGCAUGGAGGAGGCCACGCACGCAGAUCUGGUGUCGGCCAUCAAACUUAGCGGCGAUCAACUCAGGCUUGUGGUACUGUUUGAGGACUGUGUCCACAAGGUGGAGCUGUAUGACCGCAUCAUACGCCUCAAGAGAGUCGUAACCAGCAAGAUGAAAGAGUUACGGGAUCUUGAGUUUCAGGAAAGAGAAAUAUUAGACAGUUACUGUGAGAGCAGGGGCAUCAGUCGCUAUGACAACAUCAGACAGAGUGUGUACAGUACAGCGUCUAGCAGUAGUUGGGAUCGCUACAGCGUUUUAUCCUCCCAGAAUAUCAGUAACUUCCCCAAGGCCCAACAAAGCUUACCCAAGAUCCUGAUCAGCGGGGACAGGUUUUCUGACAAUGUUUUAGUUUACGGUGAGGAGGACACCGGAUCACUAUUGAGCGAGACGCUUUGCCUUGCAGACAGUUACUGCGACACGUCCUAUGCAGAUUCUGAAAGUGACAGUGUUUCUGGUCUUAGGUUUACUUGUGAUGGACAUAGUGUCAACUCUGACAGUUUGGGCAGUGUUAGAAACGGUGUUAGAAGUCAGGAGAAUGGCCCCACAGGGACAAUCAGGCCAGCUGAUGGAAAUAUAGGUGCUCUUUAUGAAGAUCAAGCCCACGAGGAUUUCGACGAUCUGUCGAUGGACAGGUUUGGCCCAAUUGACAUUACUUUCAAUCCCUUACUCAGACAUGACAUCAGAAAAAUAAAAUCUGAAGGUCAUAUGGAAACCCUGGAAUGGAAGUCAUCAAGAAAAAGUGAACAAAAUUUGAAACAUACUAACAAGCUCAAAUUGCCAAAUGUAACUGGCUGUGCUAGAGAAUCAAAACAGCUGUUAGAGGAACAAAGGUGUGGAUCAUUUAGGUCACUUCAGGAACAUGGCUGGCAUGAAGGUGACAGGUCAGAGGUUAAUAGUUCAAGGUCGGAGGUCAGACACAAACAAUUAUCAUUAAACUCACUUGAGAAAAUAAGUACACGUCAAACAGACCAGUCCACUCUGGGAACAACAGCUAGUAUUACACCCCAGAAACGGCAGAUGUCAGGCGAUGUUUUUCCAAGUGAAAAUUUUGAUCACAGCAUUAAGAUACCAUUCCUACAUUCUGGGCCUGUCCAUAUCAAUGAGCGGUCAGAGGUUACAAAGUUGUGAUGUCAUAGUGGAAAAAAACACUGGAAUUAUUGAUCAAUUUAUUCAGAGCUUUCAUUGGGACAUCCUCGAUAUCCAGGGGUUACGCUCACUUUCGCUCUAUACACCCCUGAAAUAUGUCAUAGCAAAAUUG